CAGGAGCCCUACCCAGCUCACUCUGACCACUUUGCUCAGCACAGAAGAGCAGCCACACAGAAAAAAAAGUUCAAAUCAACUCAGAGCAGAGGAGGGAGGAGAGACGGGAGAGAAAACGCCCUGGAAACUUUGGUUGAGAAAUAGGAAAAGAGUGACUGAAUCCUAACAGACUGCAGAGCUGUGACUGGAAGAAGUGCUUUACUUGUGAGAAGGGGAUAGGACACGUUUUCAAGGAUGCUCAAGUUGGUGUGAGGCUUCUUGGGCGCAAAGACUGCGCACAGAAGCCAAGAGAACAAGAACCACAGCAUCUGACUGUAGGCCUUGGCCUUGCUUGAGCAAUCCAAGGAAAACAAAGAUUUCGUUUUCAACACACCGGGGCUAUAGAGGAAAGACAAAUCAAGAUGGCUGAAGAGGAGGAGACCAGAGAGGUGCUCUUUCAAGAUUGGGAGGGUCCAGACAAAUCUGGCUUUACAAUUGAACAGACAGGAGGAGAUAUCUUUGUUGGGGAGGUUAAAGGAGAGUCACCUGCAGCACGUUCUGGAAAAGUAUAUGAAGGUGACCAGAUUGUCGGCGCCACAGUAUACUUUGAUAACAUGAGCUCAGAAGAAACAGCUGAACUACUAAAGACAUUGAACCGUCACAAAGUUGGACUGAAGCUGCAAAACAAAGGAGACAAAUCCCCUUGCUGCUCUCCCUUGAGCACACCAUGUCGUUCACCAAUUGGCACCCUGACAUGGGAAGGAAAGACCCGGUUUGGAGGUUCCAGUCCAGACAUCAUCCUUGGUGGGGAGGAUGAAGACUACAAAAGAAUAUACACAAAAAAGAUUAAACCCAGGCUGAAGUCUGAAGACCUUGCAGAAGGCGUGGAUGUUCGCACAGAGCGGCAUAGCAGCACAAGCAGCGAUGGAAGCACAAUUACUACCGUCACCCGCCGCAUCACGACCUACACUGUGGAUAUGCCGGGUGGCAUAAGUGAGCAACUUGAACUUUCAAGCCCAGAGUUCAAGGGGCUAAGGCAAGAAUCUGGUGAUGGCUCUUCUCAUACCAUAAUCUCACAUGGCAGCCCUGCAGGUAAAGUGGGAGCAGAGGGGAACGUUUUUGACUCAAGCAAUGUCUCUUACACUGGGCCACAAGUUGGCUCCAUAGAGACACGCUGGGGUACUGGGGGAGUUCAGACCACAAGAACUUCAGGAGAGGUAGAAGGUCUCAGAUUUAAAGGGCCUAACUUUGGAGGAUCAGGGAGCCAGGGGGGCUGUGAGAUUUCAAGUCGGAGUGGAGAGCAAGUUGAUGGAGGCAUGCAGGUGUUAGGAACAAGCAUGACAGUAAGAGACAGCGCAAACACCGAUAAGCAUGUUGCAAUAGGAGGGUUCGGGGGUGGAGAUGAGAAUGGAGGGUUAACUAAUCUGUCUUCACCAGGAAAGAGCAUGAAGAUUUCGACUUCAUCCAAAACACAGGAGGGAAGUGUUGACACCAGUUUAGGUGAGAAGAAAAAGUUAAAGGUAUCUGAAAUCAGUUACCCGCAGGCAAAGGGAUCAGGCCGUUUGGACAAUUUGAAUGUCCGACUUGAAGGAGGUUCCAUAUGUGUUGAUAAUGAAUUGAGCGAUGGCAGGAUAGGAGGAUCGGCAAUACAAAAAAGCAAUGUCACCUCUGGAUUUUCAUCAGGGCCAGGAAAGAUUUCAAUGGCAGGGGUGGAUGUCGAUCUUACAGGUUCAAAGUUGAAAGGUGAGCUUGAUGUUGAACUGCCAAGCACAAAGGUUCAAAUUCCAUCCCUAUCUGGGCCAAAUAAAGAUGUAAACCUAAGGGGUUCCAAAGUAGAGGGGAAUAUUGAUGUUACAGUGACUGAGGGAGGAAUAAAGACAGACAACAUAGACAUUAAAAGUCCCACUUUUAAUAUUAAGGAGAAAGAAGGAGAUUCAAAAAUGCCUCAGAUAAAGAUAUCAUCAUUUGGGGUCAAGGGAACAAAAGUUGAUGGUGGGAAGUCUGAUGUAAAAGUGGAAGGAGCGAAAAUCAAGAUACAAUCAUUUGGCUUCACAGGUCAGAAGGUGGAAGCUUCAGAUGUUGAUGUAAAACUUGCCAAACCUGAAAUUGAUGUCAGGGUACCUGAGGUUGAUAUCAAUGCAUCCAAAGUUAAUGUUAAAAGCCCAUAUGUAGACAUUAAUGCUUCCAAAGUGGAUAUUGACUAUGAGGGACCUCGAGGUGGAUUUAACCAGUCAAAAUGUACAAUGCCAUCCAUUGGCAUGAAAAGUCAGGAAUUGGAAGCUCCCAAAAUAAAAGGGAAUGUGGACGUGUCAGUGCCAAAGAUAUUUGGGUUGAAAGCUCCAAAAGUGGAGGGUCCAGAUGUUGAUGUUAACCUUCCUAAAGGUAACAUUGAUUUGAAAGCACCUGGAGUGGACAUUAAAGGUCCACAGGUUGAAAUGCCUAAAUUCAAAAUACCGUCCUUUGGCAUAAAAACUCCAAAUGUUGAAGGAUCAGAGGGUGAUGUCACCCUCUCAAAAGUUGACAUUGAAAUGAAGGCCCCUGACAUGGACGUGAAAGGACCAGAUUUUGACGACAAAAGUACAAGUGGUAAAAUCAGAGGACCAGCAUUCAAACUGCCCAGCAUUUCUGGACCAACAAUUCCAGAUAUGGAUUUACACCUCAAAGGUCCCAAAGUCAAGGGGGAUGUCGAUGUGUCAUCUUCAAAAGUUGAAGGAGACAUUUUUGAUAUUAACCUGAAAGGCCCUAAAAUCAAAGGGGAUGUGAAGGUGUCAGUGCCAAAGAUAUCAGCUGACAUAAAAAGACCUGAAGUUAAAAUCAAAGGUCCAGGAGUUGACAUUGAAGGGCCAAAGGGUAGAUUUGAAAUGCCAAAACCCAAAAUGCCAUCAUUAGGGUUAAAAGGUACAAAAGUGGAAGGUCCAGAUGUUGAUGUUAACUUUCCUAAAGCUGACUUUCAUGUGAAAGCACCUGAAGUUGACAUUGGAGGUCCAGAAGUUCAUAUUGAAGGAGUAGAUGUUGAUGGCCAAAAAGGAACGUUCAAAAUGCCGAAAAUCCAAAUGCCAUCAUUUGGCUUGAAAGGUCCAAAAGUGGAGGGUACAGACAUUGAUAUUAAACUUCCCAAAGCUGAAAUUGAUGUUAAAGGACCCGAAGUUGACCUCAAAGGACUAGAUGUCAAUGUUGAAGGUCCUGAUGCAAAAUUAAAAGGAACCAAUAUCAAACUGGCCAGCAUUUCUGGACCGAAAAUUCCCAUGCCAAAUGUGGAUUUCAACCUGAAAAGCCCCAAACUCAAAGGCGAUGUGGACAUGUCAAUGCCAAAGAUAAAAGGAGACAUAAAAACAACCAAUGUUGAAAUCAAAGGUCCAGGAGUUGACAUUGAAGGUCCAAAGGGUAGAUUUGAAAUGCCAAAACCCAAAAUGCCAUCAUUUGGGUUAAAAGUUACAAAAGUGGAGGGUCCAGACGUUGAUGUUAACUUUCCUAAAGCUGACUUUCAUGUGAAAGCACCUGAAGUUGAUAUUGGAGGUCCAAAAGUUCAUAUUGAAGGAGUAGAUGUUGAUGGCCAAAAAGGAACAUUCAAAAUGCCGAAAAUCCAAAUGCCAUCAUUUGGCUUGAAAGGUCCAAAAGUGGAGGUUCCAGACAUUGAUAUUAAACUUCUCAAAGCUGAAAUUGAUGUUAAAGGACCCGAAGUUUACCUCAAAGGACUAGAUGUCAAUGUUGAAGGUCCUGAUGCAAAAUUAAAAGGAUCCAAAAUCAAUCUGCCCAGCAUUCCUAGCCCGAAAAUUCCCAUGCCAGAUGUGGAUUUCAACCUGAAAAGCCCCAAACUCAAAGGCGAUGUGGACAUGUCAAUGCCAAAGAUAAAAGGAGACAUAAACAGACCUGAAGUUGACAUCAAAUGUCCAGAUGUUGACAUUGAAGGGCCAAAGGGUAGAUUUGAAAUGCCUAACAUCAAAAUGUCAUCGUUUGGCUUGAAAGGUCCAAAAGUGGAGGGUCAAGACAUUAAUAUUAACCUUCCCAAAGCUGAUAUUGAUGUUAAUGCCCCUCACUUGGAUAUUAAAGGACCAGAUGUCGACAUUGAAAGUACAAGUGGUAAAUCCAAAGGUCACAAAUUCAAAAUGCCAACCAUUUCAGGACCAAAUCUCUCCAUGCCAAAUGUUGAUUUUAACCUGAAAGGCCCCAAACUCAAAGGCGAUAUGGACAUGUCAAUGCCAAAGAUGAAAGGAGACAUACAAACACCUGAAGUUGACAUUACAGGUCCAGCGGUUGACAUUGAAGGGACAAAGAGUAGCUUUAAAAUGCCUCACAUCAAAAUGCCAUCAUGGAACAUCAAAGGUUCCAAGUGUGAAGGUCCAGAAGUUGAUAUAAACCUUCCUGAAGCGAAUAUUGAUGUUAAAACACCUGAUGUUGACAUAACAGGUCCAGCGGUUGAUGUUGAAGGGCCAAAAGGUGGCUUUGAAAUGCCGAAAAUCAAAAUGCCAUCAUUUGGCUUGAAAGGACCAAAAGUGGAGGGUACAGACAUUAAUAUUAACCUUCCCAAAGCUGAAAUUGAUGUUAAUGCCCCUCACUUGGAUAUGAAAGGACCAGAUGUCGACAUUGAAAGUCCAAGUGGUCAAAUCAAAGGUCACAAAUUCAAAAUGCCAACCAUUUCAGGACCAAAUCUCUCGAUGCCAGAUGUUGAUUUUAACCUGAAAGGCCCCAAACUCAAAGGCGAUGUGGACAUGUCAAUGCCAAAGAUAAAAGGAGACAUAAAAACAACUGAAGUUGACAUCAAAUGUCCAGAUGUUGACAUUGAAGGGACAAAGAGUGGCUUUAAAAUGCCUAACAUCCACAUGCCAUCAUGGAACAUCAAAGGUCCAAAGUGUGAAGGUCCAGAUGUUGAUAUAAACCUUCCUGAAGCGAACAUUGAUGUUAAAACACCGGAUUUUGACAUUAAAGGGCCCAACAUAAAGGGAGAUCUGGAUUUCUCCGUUCCAACGAUUAAGGGUAACAUAAAAUCUCCCAAGAUGGAUAUUGAAGGACCAGAAGUUGACAUUGAUGGCGACAAAGGAAGAUUCAGAAUGCCAACAUUUAAAGUGCCAUCCUUUGGGUUGAAAGGCCCACAUGUUGAAGGACCCGACAUUGAUGUCAGCAUCCCAAAAGCUGAUAUUGAUGUUAAUGCCUCUCACUUGGAUAUUAAAGGACCAGAUGUCGACAUUGAAAGUCCAAGUGGUAAAAUCAAAGGUCACAAAUUCAAAAUGCCAACCAUUUCAGGACCAAAUCUCUCCAUGCCAGAUGUUGACAUUACAGGUCCAGCGGUUGAUGUUGAAGGGCCAAAAGGUGGCUUUGAAAUGCCGAAAAUUAAAAUGCCAUCAUUUGGCUUGAAAGGUCCAAAAGUGGAGGUUCCAGACAUUAAUAUUAACCUUCCUAAAGCUGAAAUUGAUGUUAAAGGACCUGAAGUUGACCUCAAAGGGCUAGAUGUCAAUGUUGAAGGUCCUGAUGCAAAAUUAAAAGGAUCCAAAAUCAAUCUGCCCAGCAUUUCUAGACCAAAAAUGUCCAUGCCAGAUGUGGAUUGCAACCUGAAAGGCCCCAAACUCAAAGGCGAUAUGGAGAUGUCAAUGCCAAAGAUAAAAGGAGACUUACAAACACCUGAAGUUGACAUCAAAUGUCCAGAUGUUGACAUUGAAGGGACAAAGAGUAGCUUUAAAAUGCCUCACAUCAAAAUGCCAUCAUGGAACAUCAAAGGUUCCAAGUGUGAAGGUACAGAAGUUGAUAUAAACCUUCCUGAAGUGAAUAUUGAUGUUAAAACACCUGAUGUUGACAUAACAGGUCCAGCGGUUGAUGUUGAAGGGCCAAAAGGUGGCUUUGAAAUGCCGAACAUCAAAAUGCCAUCAUUUGGCUUGAAAGGACCAAAAGUGGAGGGUCCAGACAUUAAUAUUAACCUUCCCAAAGCUGAAAUGGAUGUUAAUGCCCCUCACUUGGAUAUUAAAGGACUAGAUGUCGACAUUGAAAGUCCAAGUGGUCAAAUCAAAGGUCACAAAUUCAAAAUGCCGACCAUUUCAGGACCAAAUCUCUCAAUGUCAGAUGUUGAUUUUAACCUGAAAGGCCCCAAACUCAAAGGCGAUAUGGACAUGUCAAUGCCAAAGAUAAAAGGAGACAUACAAACACCUGAAGUUGACAUCAAAUAUCCAGAUGUUGACAUUGAAGGGACAAAGAGUGGAUUUAAAAUGCCUAACAUCCACAUGCCAUCAUGGAACAUCAAAGGUCCAAAGUUUGAAGGUUCGGAAGUUGGUAUAAACCUUCCUGAAGCGAACAUUGAUGUUAAAACACCGGAUGUUGACAUUAAAGGGCCCAACAUAAAGGGAGAUCUGGAUUUCUCCGUUCCAAAGAUUAAGGGUAACAUAAAAUCUCCCAAGAUGGAUAUUGAAGGACCAGAAGUUGACUUUGAUGGCGACAAAGGAAGAUUCAGAUUGCCUACAUUUAAAAUGCCAGCAUUUGGAGGAAAAGGUCCACAUGUUGAAGGACCAGACAUUGAUAUCAACAUCCCAAAAGCUGAUAUUGAUGUUAAUGCCCCUCACUUGGAUAUUAAAGGACCAGAUGUCGACAUUGAAAGUCCAAGUGGUAAAAUCAAAGGUUCCACAUUUAAAAAGCCAAGGAUUUCAGGGCCGAACAUCUCAAUGCCAGAUGUUGAUCUUAAGCUGAAAGGCCCGAAACUCAAAGGUGAUGUGGACAAGUCAAUGACAAAGAUAAAAGGAGUCAUAAAAACACCUGAAGUUGAAAUCAAUGCUCCAGCAGUUGAUAUUGAAGUGCCAAAGAGUGACUUUAAAAGGCCUAAAACUGAACUUAAGGGACCAGAUGCUACAAUUGACGCGCCAGAAAUAGGCGGGAAGAAAAGUAAAUUUAAAAUGCCAAAGUUUGGAUUUAAGAGCCCUAAGAUAAAGACCCCAGAAACCAAUGUUGAAAUAGUAAAAGGGGAUAUCAGCAUCAAAGGGAAAUCUGGUAGCUAUGAAGGUUUUGAUUCUGACCUUGGAUUGACUAGUCCGAAAACUAAAGGAUCCAAAUUCAAGAUGCCAAAAUUUGGUUUCAAAGGCCCCAAAAUUGAAAUGCCUGAGGUUGAUAUUAAUCUUCCCAAAGCUGGCAUUGAUAUUACAACUCCAAAUGUUGAAAGUGAAGGACCAGAUGUUAAAAUGAAGGGAACAAAACUGAAAAUGCCAACCAUCUCAGGAACAAAAAUGGACAUGCCAGAUGUUGAUUUUAACCUGAAACGCCCCAAACUCAAAGGCGAUUUGGACAUGUCAAUGCCAAAGAUAAAAGGAGACAUAAAAACACCUGAUGUUGACAUUACAGGUCCAGCGGUUGAUGUUGAAGGGCCAAAAGGUGGCUUUGAAAUGCCGAAAAUCAAAAUGCCAUCGUUUGGCUUGAAAGGUACACAAGUGGAGGGUCCAGAUAUUAAUAUUAACCUUCCCAAAGCUGAUAUUGAUGUUAAAGCGCCUGGCUUGGAUAUCAAAGGACCAGGUUUUGACAUUGAAAGUCCAAGUGGUAAAGUCAAAGGUCAUACCUUCAAAAUGCCAACCAUUUCAGUUCCAAACAUCUCCAUGCCAAAUGUUGAUUUUAACCUGAAAGGCCCCAAACUCAAAGGCGAUGUGGACAUGUCAAUGCCAAAGAUAAAAGGAGACAUAAAAACACCUGAAGUUGACAUAAAAUGUCCAGAUGUUGACAUUGAAGGGACAAAGAGUGGCUUUAAAAUGCCUAACAUCCACAUGCCAUCAUGGAACAUCAAAGGUCCAAAGUUUGAAGGCCCAGAAGUUGAUAUCAACCUUCCUGAAGCAAACAUUGAUGUUAAAACACCGGAUGUUGACAUUAAAGGGCCCAACAUAAAGGGAGAUCUGGAUUUCUCCAUUCCAAAGAUUAAGGGUAACAUAAAAGCUCCCAAGAUGGAUAUUGAAGGACCAGAAGUUGACUUUGAUGGCGACAAAGGAAGAUUCACAAUGCCUACAUUUAAAAUGCCAUCCUUUGGGUUGAAAGGUCCACAUGUUGAAGGACCAGACAUUGAUGUCAGCAUCCCAAAAGCUGAUAUUGAUGUUAAUGCCCCUCACUUGGAUAUUAAAGGACCAGAUAUCGACAUUGAAAGUCCAAGUGGUAAAAUCAAAGGUCACAAAUUCAAACUGCCAACCAUUUCAGGACAAAAUCUCUCCAUGCCAAAUGUUGAUUUUAACCUGAAAGGCCCCAAACUCAAAGGCGAUGUGGACAUGUCAAUGCCAAAGAUAAAAGGAGACAUAAAAACACCUGAAGUUGACAUUACAGGUCCAGCGGUUGACAUUGAAGGGACAAAGAGUGGCUUUAAAAUGCCUAACAUCCACAUGCCAUCAUGGAACAUCAAAGGUCCAAAGUUUGAAGGCCCAGAAGUUGAUAUCAACCUUCCUGAAGCGAACAUUGAUGUUAAAACACCUGAUGUUGACAUUAAAGGGCCCAACAUAAAGGGAGAUCUGGAUUUCUCCAUUCCAAAGAUUAAGGGUAACAUAAAAGCUCCCAAGAUGGAUAUUGAAGGACCAGAAGUUGACUUUGAUGGCGACAAAGGAAGAUUCACAAUGCCUACAUUUAAAAUGCCAUCCUUUGGGUUGAAAGGCCCACAUGUUGAAGGACCAGACAUUGAUGUCAGCAUCCCAAAAGCUGAUAUUGAUGUUAAUGCCCCUCACUUGGAUAUUAAAGGACCAGAUGUCGACAUUGAAAGUCCAAGUGGUAAAAUCAAAGGUCACAAAUUCAAAAUGCCAACCAUUUCAGGACCAAAUCUCUCUAUGCCAAAUAUUGAUUUUAACCUGAAAGGCCCCAAACUGAAAGGCGAUAUUGACAUGUCAAUGCCAAAGAUAAAAGGAGACAUAAAAACACCUGAUGUUGACAUUACAGGUCCAGCGGUUGAUGUUGAAGGGCCAAAAGGCGGCUUUGAAAUGCCGAAAAUCAAAAUGCCAUCGUUUGGCUUGAAAGGUCCAAAGGUGGAGGGUCCAGACAUUAAUAUUAACCUUCCCAAAGCUGAUAUUGAUGUUAAAGCGCCUGACUUGGACAUCAAAGGACCAGGUUUUGACAUUGAAAGUCCAAGUGGUAAAGUCAAAGGUCAUACCUUCAAAAUGCCAACCAUUUCAAUGCCAAACAUCUCCAUGCCAAAUGUUGAUUUUAACCUGAAAGGCCCCAAACUCAAAGGCGACGCGGACAUGUCAAUGCCAAAGAUAAAAGGAGACAUAAAAACACCUGAAGUUGACAUCAAAUGUCCAGAUGUUGACAUUGAAGGGACAAAGAGUGGCUUUAAAAUGCCUAACAUCCACAUGCCAUCAUGGAAUAUCAAAGGUCCAAAGUUUGAAGGUCCAGAAGUUGAUAUCAACCUUCCUGAAGCGAACAUUGAUGUUAAAACACCGGAUGUUGACAUUAAAGGGCCCAACAUAAAGGGAGAUCUGGAUUUCUCCGUUCCAAAGAUUAAGGGUAACAUAAAAGCUCCCAAGAUGGAUAUUGAAGGACCAGAAGUUGACUUUGAUGGCGACAAAGGAAGAUUCACAAUGCCUACAUUUAAAAUGCCAUCCUUUGGGUUGAAAGGCCCACAUGUUGAAGGACCAGACAUUGAUGUCAGCAUCCCAAAAGCUGAUAUUGAUGUUAAUGCCCCUCACUUGGAUAUUAAAGGACCAGAUGUCGACAUUGAAAGUCCAAGUGGUAAAAUCAAAGGUCACAAAUUCAAAAUGCCAACCAUUUCAGGACCAAAUCUCUCCAUGCCAAAUGUUGAUUUUAACCUGAAAGGCCCCAAACUGAAAGGCAAUAUGGACAUGUCAAUGCCAAAGAUAAAAGGAGACAUAAAAACACCUGAUGUUGACAUUACAGGUCCAGUGGUUGAUGUUGAAGGGCCAAAAGGUGGCUUUGAAAUGCCGAAAAUCAAAAUGCCAUCGUUUGGCUUGAAAGGUCCGAAGGUGGAGGGUCCAGAUAUUAAUAUUAACCUUCCCAAAACUGAUAUUGAUGUUAAAGCGCCUGACUUGGAUAUCAAAGGACCAGGUUUUGACAUUGAAAGUCCAAGUGGUAAAGUCAAAGGUCAUACCUUCAAAAUGCCAACCAUUUCAAUGCCAAACAUCUCCAUGCCAAAUGUUGAUUUUAACCUGAAAGGCCCCAAACUCAAAGGCGAUGUGGACAUGUCAAUGCCAAAGAUAAAAGGAGACAUAAAAACACCUGACGUUGACAUCAAAUGUCCAGAUGUUGACAUUGAAGGGACAAAGAGUGGCUUUAAAAUGCCUAACAUCCACAUGCCAUCAUGGAACAUCAAAGGUCCAAAGUUUGAAGGUCCAGAAGUUGAUAUAAACCUUCCUGAAGCAAACAUUGAUGUUAAAACACCGGAUGUUGACAUUAAAGGGCCCAACAUAAAGGGAGAUCUGGAUUUCUCCAUUCCAAAGAUUAAGGGUAACAUAAAAGCUCCUAAGAUGGAUAUUGAAGGACCAGAAGUUGACUUUGAUGGCGACAAAGGAAGAUUCACAAUGCCUACAUUUAAAAUGCCAUCCUUUGGGUUGAAAGGCCCACAUGUUGAAGGACCAGACAUUGAUGUCAGCAUCCCAAAAGCUGAUAUUGAUGUUAAUGCCCCUCACUUGGAUAUUAAAGGACCAGAUGUCGACAUUGAAAGUCCAAGUGGUAAAAUCAAAGGUCAUACCUUCAAAAUGCCAACCAUUUCAAUGCCAAACAUCUCCAUGCCAAAUGUUGAUUUUAACCUGAAAGGCCCCAAACUCAAAGGCGAUGUGGAUAUGUCAAUGCCAAAGAUAAAAGGAGACAUAAAAACACCUGACGUUGACAUCAAAUGUCCAGAUGUUGACAUUGAAGGGACAAAGAGUGGCUUUAAAAUGCCUAACAUCCACAUGCCAUCAUGGAACAUCAAAGGUCCAAAGUUUGAAGGUCCAGAAGUUGAUAUAAACCUUCCUGAAGCGAACAUUGAUGUUAAAACACCAGAUAUUGACAUUAAAGGGCCCAACAUAAAGGGAGAUCUGGAUUUCUCCGUUCCAAAGAUUAAGGGUAACAUAAAAUCUCCCAAGAUGGAUAUUGAAGGACCAGAAGUUGACUUUGAUGGCGACAAAGGAAGAUUCACAAUGCCUACAUUUAAAAUGCCAUCCUUUGGGUUGAAAGGGCCACAUGUUGAAGGACCAGACAUUGAUGUCAGCAUCCCAAAAGCUGAUAUUGAUGUUAAUGCCCCUCACUUGGAUAUUAAAGGACCAGAUGUCGACAUUGAAAGUCCAAGUGGUAAAAUCAAAGGUCACAAAUUCAAAAUGCCAACCAUUUCAGGACCAAAUCUCUCCAUGCCAAAUGUUGAUUUUAACCUGAAAGGCCCCAAACUGAAAGGUGAUAUGGACAUGUCAAUGCCAAAAAUAAAAGGAGACAUAAAAACACCUGAUGUUGACAUAACAGGUCCAGCGGUUGAGUUUGAAGGGCCAAAAGGUGGCUUUGAAAUGCCGAAAAUCAAAAUGCCAUCGUUUGGCUUGAAAGGUCCAAAGGUGGACGGUCCAGACAUUAAUAUUAACCUUCCCAAAGCUGAUAUUGAUGUUAAAGCGCCUGACUUGGACAUCAAAGGACCAGGUUUUGACAUGGAAAGUCCAAGUGGUAAAAUCAAAGGUCACACAUUCAAAAUGCCAACCAUUUCAAUGCCAAACAUCUCCAUGCCAAAUGUUGAUUUUAACCUGAAAGGCCCCAAACUCAAAGGCGAUGUGGACAUGUCAAUGCCAAAGAUAAAAGGAGACAUAAAAACACCUGAAGUUGACAUAAAAUGUCCAGAUGUUGACAUUGAAGGGACAAAGAGUGGCUUUAAAAUGCCUAACAUCCACAUGCCAUCAUGGAACAUCAAAGGUCCAAAGUUUGAAGGUCCAGAAGUUGAUAUAAACCUUCCUGAAGCGAACAUUGAUGUUAAAACACCGGAUGUUGAUAUUAAAGGGCCUAACAUAAAGGGAGAUCUGGAUUUCUCCGUUCCAAAGAUUAAGGGUAACAUAAAAACUCCCAAGAUGGAUAUUGAAGGACCAGAAGUUGACUUUGAUGGCGACAAAGGAAGAUUCAAAAUGCCUACAUUUAAAAUGCCAUCCUUUGGGUUGAAAGGCCCACAUGUUGAAGGACCAGACAUUGAUGUCAGCAUCCCAAAAGUUGAUAUUGAUGUUAAUGCCCCUCACUUGGAUAUUAAAGGACCAGAUGUCAACAUUGAAAGUCCAAGUGGUAAAAUCAAAGGUCACACAUUCAAAAUGCCAACCAUUUCAGGACCAAAUCUCUCCAUGCCAGAUUUAGAUUUUAACCUGAAACGCCCCAAACUCAAAGGCGAUUUGGACAUGUCAAUGCCAAAGAUAAAAGGAGACAUAAAAACACCUGAUGUUGACAUUACAGGUCCAGCGGUUGAUGUUGAAGGGCCAAAAGGUGGCUUUGAAAUGCCGAAAAUCAAAAUGCCAUCGUUUGGCUUGAAAGGUACACAAGUGGAGGGUCCAGAUAUUAAUAUUAACCUUCCCAAAGCUGAUAUUGAUGUUAAAGCGCCUGGCUUGGAUAUCAAAGGACCAGGUUUUGACAUUGAAAGUCCAAGUGGUAAAGUCAAAGGUCAUACCUUCAAAAUGCCAACCAUUUCAGUUCCAAACAUCUCCAUGCCAAAUGUUGAUUUUAACCUGAAAGGCCCCAAACUCAAAGGCGAUGUGGACAUGUCAAUGCCAAAUAAAGGAGACAUAAAAACACCUGAAGUUGACAUCAAAUGUCCAGAUGUUGACAUUGAAGGGACAAAGAGUGGCUUUAAAAUGCCUAACAUCCACAUGCCAUCAUGGAACAUCAAAGGUCCGAAGUUUGAAGGUCCAGAAGUUGAUAUAAACCUUCCUGAAGCGAACAUUGAUGUUAAAACACCGGAUGUUGACAUUAAAGGGCCCAACAUAAAGGGAGAUCUGGAUUUCUCGAUUCCAAAGAUUAAGGGUAACAUAAAAUCUCCCAAGAUGGAUAUUGAAGGACCAGAAGUUGACUUUGAUGGCGACAAAGGAAGAUUCAAAAUGCCUACAUUUAAAAUGCCAUCCUUUGGGUUGAAAGGCCCACAUGUUGAAGGACCAGACAUUGAUGUCAGUAUCCCAAAAGCUGAUAUUGAUGUUAAUGCCCCUCACUUGGAUAUUAAAGGACCAGAUGUCAACAUUGAAAGUCCAAGUGGUAAAAUCAAAGGUCACAAAUUCAAAAUGCCAACCAUUUCAGGACCAAAUCUCUCCAUGCCAAAUGUUGAUUUUAACCUGAAAGGCCCCAAACUCAAAGGCGAUGUGGACAUGUCAAUGCCAAAGAUAAAAGGAGACAUAAAAACACCUGAAGUUGACAUCAAAUGUCCAGAUGUUGACAUUGAAGGGACAAAGAGUGGCUUUAAAAUGCCUAACAUCCACAUGCCAUCAUGGAACAUCAAAGGUCCACAGUUUGAAGGUCCAGAAGUUGAUAUAAACCUUCCUGAAGCGAACAUUGAUGUUAAAACACCUGAUGUUGACAUUAAAGGGCCCAACAUAAAGGGAGAUCUGGAUUUCUCCGUUCCAAAGAUUAAGGGUAACAUAAAAGCUCCCAAGAUUGAUAUUGCAGAACCAGAUGUUGAAAUUGAUGGCCACAAAGGAAGAUUUAAAAUGCCUAAAUUUAAAAUGCCAUCUUUUGGAGGGAAAGGACCACGUGUUGAAGGACCAGAAGUUGAUGUUGAUCUUAAUGCCCCUAACUUGGAUAUCAAAGGACCAGGUUUUGACAUUGAAAGUCCAAGUGGUAAAACCAAAGGUCACACAUUCAAAGUUCCAAGCUUUUCAGGGCCAAAAAUCUCCAUGCCAGAUGUGGAUUUUAACCUGAAAGGCCCCAAAAUCAAAGGCGAUGUAGACAUGUCAGUGCCAAAGAUAUCCGGAGGAAUAAAAACACCGGAGCUUGACAUCAAAUGUCCAGAGGUUGAUAUUAAAGGUCCAAAGGGUCAAUUUGAAAUGUCUAAAUUCAAAAUGCCAUCAUGGAACACCCAAGGUCCCAAACUUGACGCUCCUGAAGUUGAUAUAAAGGGAGAUUUGGAUGUAUCAGGUCGUAAGAUUGAGGGUAACAUAAGAACCCCCAAGAUGGAUAUUGAAGGACCAGAUGUUGACUUUGAUGGCGUCAAAGGUGGAUUUAAAAGACCUACAUUUAAAAUGCCAUCCUUUGGGUUUAAAGGUCCAAAUAUUGAAGGACCAGAAGUUGAUGUCAGCAUCCCAAAAGCUGAUAUUAAUGUAAAUGCCCCUGAUUUGGAAAUAAAAGGACCAGAUUUUGACAUUCAAAGUCCAAGUGGUAAAGUCAAAGGUCACACAUUCACAAUGCCAAGCAUUUCAGGGCCGAACAUCUCCAUGCCUGAUUUUGAUUUUAAUAUGAAAGGCCCCAAACUCAAAGGCGAUGUUGACAUGUCAAUGCCAAAGAUAAAAGGAGAUAUAAAAACACCUGAAGUUGACAUCAACGCUCCAGCGGUUGAUAUUGAAGGGACAAAAGGUGGCUUUGAAAUGCCGAAAAUCAAAAUGCCAUCGUUUGGCUUGAAAGGUCCAAAGGUGGAGGGUCCAGACAUUAAUAUUAACCUUCCCAAAGCUGAUAUUGAUGUUGAAGCGCCUGACUUGGACAUCAAAGGACCAGGUUUUGACAUUGAAAGUCCAAGUGGUAAAAUCAAAGGUCAUACCUUCAAAAUGCCAACCAUUUCAAUGCCAAACAUCUCCAUGCCAAAUGUUGAUUUUAACCUGAAAGGCCCCAAACUCAAAGGUGAUGUGGACAUGUCAAUGCCAAAGAUAAAAGGAGACAUAAAAACACCUGAAGUUGACAUAAAAUGUCCAGAUGUUGACAUUGAAGGGACAAAGAGUGGCUUUAAAAUGCCUAACAUCCACAUGCCAUCAUGGAACAUCAAAGGUCCAAGGUUUGAAGGUCCAGAAGUUGAUAUAAACCUUCCUGAAGCGAACAUUGAUGUUAAAACACCGGAUGUUGACAUUAAAGGGCCCAACAUAAAGGGAGAUCUGGAUUUCUCCAUUCCAAAGAUUAAGGGUAACAUAAAAGCUCCCAAGAUGGAUAUUGAAGGACCAGAAGUUGACUUUGAUGGCGACAAAGGAAGAUUCAAAAUGCCUACAUUUAAAAUGCCAUCCUUUGGGUUGAAAGGCCCACAUGUUGAAGGACCAGACAUUGAUGUCAGCAUCCCAAAAGCUGAUAUUGAUGUUAAUGCCCCUCACUUGGAUAUUAAAGGACCAGAUGUCGACAUUGAAAGUCCAAGUGGUAAAAUCAAAGGUCACACAUUCAAAAUGCCGACCAUUUCAGGACCAAAUCUCUCCAUGCCAGAUUUUGAUUUUAACCUGAAAGGCCCCAAAAUGAAAGGCGAUAUGGACAUGUCAAUGCCAAAGAUAAAAGGAGACAUAAAAACACCUGAUGUUGACAUUACAGGUCCAGCGGUUGAUGUUGAAGGGCCAAAAGGUGGCUUUGAAAUGCCGAAAAUCAAAAUGCCAUCGUUUGGCUUGAAAGGUACAAAAGUGGAGGGUCCAGACAUUAAUAUUAACCUUCCCAAAGCUGAUAUUGAUGUUAAAGCGCCUGACUUGGAUAUCAAAGGACCAGGUUUUGACAUUGAAAGUCCAAGUGGUAAAGUCAAAGGUCACACAUUCAAAAUGCCAACCAUUUCAGGACCAAAUCUUUCCAUGCCUGAUGUUGAUUUUAACCUGAAAGGCCCCAAACUCAAAGGCGAUGUUGACAUGUCAAUGCCAAAGAUAAAAGGAGACAUACAAACACCUGCAGUUGAAAUAAAAGCUCCAGCGGUUGAUAUUGAAGGGCUGAAAGGUGGAAUUAAAAUGCCAAAAAUCCAAAUUCCAUCAUUUGGCUUCGAAGGUCCAAAAGUUGAGGUUCCAGAUGUUGAUAUAAACCUUCCCAGAGCAGACAUUGAUGUGAAAGCACCUAAAGUUGAUAUCAAUCUGAGAGGUCCCACAAUCAAAGGUGAUGUGGGAGUGUCAGUGCCAAAGAUAGAGGGAGACAUAGAAAAACCUGCUGUUGACAUCAAAGGUCCACAGGUCGAUUUUAAAGUUCCUAAGGGGGGAUUUACAAUGCCUACAAUGAACAUGCCAUCACUUAACAUUAAAGAUCCAAAGGUUGAGGGUUCAGCCUUCAACAUAAACAUUCCCAAAGGAAACAUUGAUGUGAAAGCACCUGAUGUUGAUUUCAAAGUGAAAGGUCAAAAAGUCAAAGGAAAAAUAGAUGCAUCCUUGCCCAAAUUGGAUUCAGAUAUCAAAGGUCCAACCAUCACUAUGGAAAGUGUGUCUAUUGAUUCUGAAAAGACAGGUAUAACAUUUCCCAAGUUCAAAGGUCCUAAGUUUGGAAUGAAAUCCCCAGAAGUGGAGGGGAAAACACUCAUGUACAGUGUGGAAGCAAAAGGUUCCAAAACAGAACUAAGUCUGCCAGGUAGUGACACAGGUUCUCUUGAUGCCCCUGACAUUAAUAUCAACUUUAAGGGGAAGAAGGGGAAAUUCAAACUUCCAAAAGUGAAAGGAAAGGCAAAGAAACCCGAAGGUGAUAUAGAAACGCCUGCAGUAGACCUGGAUGUAGACACACCCAAUAUUCAAGUCAAGGGAACAAAGGUAAAGAAGCCGCGUUUUGGUAAGCUUCAUUUUCCUGAUGUGGAAUUAGAUAUGAAAUCUCCAAAAUUGAAAGGUGAUGGAUCUUUACCAGAGGGCAUUGACAGUCCAAAUAUUCAUUUGGGAGGGACGGAUAUGACAUUUAAGACUCCUAAUAUUAAAAUGCCAAAUGUGAAUGUAGCUUCUGAUGUCGAUACAAAUUUGAACAGAGAGGCAACUAUGUCUGUAGGUUUUAAAGGCCCAAACAGAAAUGUGAGCUCUGGUGCAGAGCUUGAUGCAAGUGCUUCAGGCCGCAGUGGAAGUGGUGGCCUUCAUUACCCAGGAGGUACUGUAACAUUUCCUAAAAUCAAGGUACCACAAUUUGGCAUUAUUCAGCCUCAGGAGGAAGUCCAGGGAGGUGAAGGAAGUUGGCAAGUUAGUUCACCAAAUAUUGAGGUUCCCAGUCCAGAACUUAGGCAAAGAGAAGGCAAAAUAAGGGUAAAGAUGCCAACAUUCUUUGGCAAAUCUAAAGCAAAGGGUAGUAGUGCGGGUGACCUUCGAGGACCAGAGGUAGGGUUGAGUACAAGUGGAAAAGGCGGUAAGGUACAUACUGGGGGACUGACGGCUGGAAAAUUAGAAUUUGAGGGUGAUCCUGGGCUCAGUGUGUCAGCUAAAGGAAAGUCAGCCUCACUAGAUCUAUUUAAGAAAUCAAAGCAUCGCUCUUCUUCUCUGAGUGAUGAGGGGGGGCCUGCAGUGAGUUCUCCUUCAGCUCACUUAGAAGCUGAGGGUGGCGACAUUUCAUUAGACCUAGGAGAAAGCAAGGUCAAAGGAAAGAAAGGCAAGUUGAAGUUUGGCACCUUUGGAGGUUUUGGUGCAAAGUCAAAGGGCUCAUAUGAAGUGUCACUUGGUGGGGAGGGUGAAGCAGGUGCAGGUGUUUCUUUACCCUCUAAGACAUCGAGAUUGUCUUCAUCCUCCAGCAGUGACAGUGGUUCGAGAGGUGGUUUCAGGUUCCCAAGACUUGAACUCUCUGUUUCACCAAAAAAAUGAUGAACAAAUUAAUAAUGAGAUAAAUGAAACCCUCUCAUGUACACCCAAAUAGAUUCACCUAACAUGGAGAUUUUUUAAAAAGAUUUUAAGAAUCAGUCACACAGUCAUCUCAAUUAUGGUUAACUAUGAGUAGUUACUUUUUUCAAUGAAUAGACAAGAGUGCAUGAGAUUGUUUAAAAUCCCUUAUCACUGUAAAUAAGAUUAAAUUGUAUUGUGAUAAUAACUUUUGUUUUUGUUUGUACAUAGUCCAGAUUUAUUGAACAUAUGCCAUAUCAUCCCAUUCUCACAGGUAGUUUUAGUAUUACAGGGUGGUCUUUUGUCCUAUUGCAUUAUAUUAAAUUAAUGGUAUUAAUGAAUGGGUGUGGAAUAUUUGUAUCCACAGAACAUAUAGUUACGAUUGUUUUUGUGAAGGAAAAUGUUGUUUAUACACAGACACAAAUGCAAACAGUUAUCAGUUUUUUUGUGUAUUAAAUGAUUUAAUUUUCAAGCUUUUGUUAUUAUAUAAUCAGUGCAAAGGCUAUUUAGGAAACAUCUAACUGGCACUUUCUAACACAAUCCAAAGAAUAAUGGUGUUGUAUAUUCCUUAAUUACAGAGACAAAUCCUGUUUGAACUACCAACUCUCUGAAAUGCUGUCAUUACUUUACUGUUAAUUUUGAAAUAAACUUUAUUAACCCUCAGAAUCUGUACCAUUUACAAAAAGUAUGCAACGUAUUAAACAUAUUUGCUUCCUAUUCAUGUGUCAUUUUUAUUCUGACCUGUUUUAUUAUCCUCUGUAUUUUUUUUCUGUCACUCUCUUUGUACACAAACCUAAUGAUUAUGUAAUAAGAUGUCACAAAUAAAAUCACUUUUUGAUUGCGAA